CUUGGUCCAGGCCCUAAGCCAUUGCCAGGGCCCAAAUUAUAACUCAAAGUGAAAACUCCUAUAAAAACCUAGGAUAAAAUUUUGGCGGCAAGAACUAUGUCCUUUUAGGCGGGCACCAAAAGCCAAAAAUAGAGGAUGUAUAUACAACUCCAAACACUCUCAACUCUACUUGCUUGUUAUCCAAAAACCACAAUUUACAAUCAUCAAAAAUUCAAAUGUCUUCUCCUAAAAUGAAAACCCACCGUCUCCGGGAACUUUCCUGGUCGGAAUUACCGCCGGAGCUACUUCCUGCCAUCGCAAAACGCCUCGAAGCCAGAACCGAUAUCCUCCAUUUCCGGCGAGUCUGCAAGACAUGGCGAGCUUCAGCUCCUCUCUCUCUCCUCGACUCAAAAACCAUCUUAACCCCUCUUCUCCCUCACAAACUUCCAGAUUCUGAGAAAAAUUACACUAAAUUUUUAGUAGCACACUCUGUUUUUCUAAUAAAAUCUGACGCCAAUCCAAAUCUCCCGCCUUGGUUAUGCACCGCUGAAGAGUUGUUCCCCGGUUCGUUAUGCGUUAGACUGCCUCUUUCUCGCAACAUCGCCGAUUAUAUUGUUAUGCCUAUCGAUUUCCCGUCUGAAUUGGAUUUGUCUAAGUUUCGUGUGUUGGAGUUAGGUAUGUUUUAUAAUUAUAGUUAUGUUGAUAGUAAUAAUACAUCGUUUGGUUUUGAUGUUCGUGUGAUUGAUAAUCCUGUUUUUUAGAACGAAGCCGUCAUUUCCACAUGAGUAUAAGAUUGUUCUGUUUAUGAACCCGAAUUGCGCAACUCACCGUCCUAGUCUCGAUGAUUGUAUGAUUGUGGAACUAUCUAAUGAGAUAGCUCUUACAGUGAAGAGUCUAAAGAGUGGGGAGGAACGGAAGGUAUAUUUUACGGGUAAAAGGAAAUUUGAUGAUAUUUUUAGUUUUAAGGGGAAGAUUUAUGGUGUUGAUAGGAAAGGUAGGGUGUGUUCGAUGGAUUAUAACUCGCUGAAGAUGUCGAGUGUUGUUGAGGAACCGCUGUGGGAGGGGUCGGGUAGUGAGAAUAAGAAACGAUUAGUCGUGUCGAGUGAUGAUAUAUUGUACUUAGUGUAUAGAUGGUCUAAGAAAGGAAACGCGGCGUUUAAAGUGUUCAAGCUUAAUGAGGAGGAGGAGAAGUGGGAUAUGGUUGAUGGUAUUGGUAGUGAUAGGAUGCUUUUUGUGACUCCUGAUGGUUGUUUUUUCGCCGCGGUUAAGGAUUUUCCGGGGUGGAGGGGCAAUUGUAUUGUAUUCCCUUGGGGAUGCUUUCCUCAAUAUUCAGGUAAGACGGCUCUUGACAGUAAGAUAUUCAUGGCCUGGGAUGAAUUUUCUGUUGCUGUUUAUCACUUUGAGGGUGAUGAUUGUGAUCUUGUAUAUGUUUAUCCGGGCUAUGCCGAUCUCUUCUGGCCACCCCCGUCAUGGCUCUGGACCGAUUUGUGUUUGAACACAAGUGGAAUGGAUUCUGAAGGAGGUGAACAAAGAAAAGAUAAAGAAAGUGUUCAAUCAAAAGUUGAAGUAGAAGAACACGGACAAGGAGGAGAUGGAGAACAUAAAAAUACGAGUAAUAAUAAGCUAUUAAGUGAUUCUUCUUGUCACAAUGCUCCUGAGCUCAUCCAUGAAGAAGUGAAUCCCCACAAUGGCGCACAACUUUCCCAGGGUAUUCAAACUAAUCAAAAGCACAUAGUUCAUAAAGAGUUCAAGGGUCAGAAAAAUGGUGAUUCAGCUCCAGCGGUGAACUCUUCUAAGGUACUGUGUAUUGGUGACCCCUAUUUCUUAGUUAGAUUGCUGAAAAAGAUGUAUCACAAGCAAAAUUCCUUGGAGUUGAUGUGA